UUGUUUCGGCGUGAAAUUAAAUAACAAAUACUCUUCGUCGCGUCGCGGCCGAUCGCGCGCCAUUAUGUUUGAAGGGAUUGCGCCUGCGAAUUGGCAAUAUCCUGACACGCACGCACACACACACCACACACAUGAAGAGAAAAAGGCUCGGGCGUGCGCGCGCGCACGCGCAGACACACGCACGUAAAAUGCAAACACCGCGGUCGGGCGUCACGCAGGAUAGACGGAGACCGGGAGCAGUAGCGUUGCUCAGUAACCGAAUCGUUGAGCGGCAGACGAGACGACGCCUUUAAAUUUUUUGCACGCCGUUAUUAUUUUUUUUAUAUAGUAUAUUUUUAGUUUUUAUCUCACGAUGACAUAAUCCGAAACCCGUGGGUAUAUAGAGCCGCGUGCAGUCGUCGACCGCAACAACUGCGUUAAGAAAGAAUAAAAAUGGGCGUGAAGCGGAAGGAAGACGGAUCGGCGGUGGAGGCGGAUGUGGCCCCUGCCGAAGACGAUGGAAUUGAACUUAAACCCAAAAUGAGCCUUUUGAACGGCGUCACCGUCAUCGUGGGCAGCAUCAUCGGGUCCGGCAUAUUCAUAUCGCCGACGGGCGUGUUGGAAAAUACCGGAUCGGUGAACGCUUCGCUGGUCGUCUGGGUCUUGUCUGGAGUAUUUUCUAUGGUCGGCGCCUACUGUUACGCGGAACUGGGAUGCAUGAUAUCCAAGUCUGGAGCCGACUACGCAUACAUCAUGGAGACGUUUGGCCCGUUUAUAGCUUUCAUGCGACUGUGGGUGGAGUGCAUGAUCGUCCGACCGUGUUCACAAGCCAUAGUCGCCCUCACGUUUAGCCUGUACGUGCUGAAGCCCAUGUACACCGACUGCGAUCCGCCCGAAGAGUCGACACGACUGCUGGCCGCUUGUUGCAUAGUGUUAUUGACGUUUAUCAACUGCUGGGACGUUAAGUGGGCAACACGCGUGCAAGACAUUUUCACGUAUGCCAAGUUGUUGGCUCUCAUGGUCAUUAUUACCACGGGAGUUUACCAGUUAUACGCAGGGCAUACUGAACAUUUUACGUUUGUAAAUACAAAAACUGAAGUUACCUCGAUCGCUCUCUCGUUUUAUUCUGGCCUUUUCGCGUAUAACGGAUGGAAUUAUUUAAACUUUGUGAUUGAAGAAUUAAAAGAUCCUAUACGAAACCUGCCAAGAGCGAUUGCAAUAUCAUGCAUACUCGUCACCGUCGUGUAUGUCUUCACUAAUAUAGCUUUUUAUACAACUUUGUCACCACAAGAAGUCCUGACUUCGGAAGCUGUAGCUGUUACGUUCGCGGAGAGACUGUACGGUCCAAUGGCAUGGACUAUUCCCGUGUUUGUUGCUUUAUCUACAUUUGGGGCUGUCAACGGUAUUCUGCUGACAAGUUCAAGAUUGUUCUACGCCGGAGCUUGUGAGGGGCAAAUGCCACAGAUUCUGACAAUGAUCCAAAUCAAUCGUCUGACACCCACACCGGCAGUCAUAUGCAUUUGCUUGCUGUCUCUGAUAUACUUGCAAAUAUCUAACAUUUACGCUCUUAUUAAUUACGUGGGAUUCGCGACAUGGUUGAGCAUCGGUGUGUCGGUUUUGUGCAUACCCGUGCUGCGUUUCACUCAACCCAAUUUGGAGAGGCCGAUCAAAGUGAAUAUGUUCUUCCCGGUCGUGUACAUCGCCGCUACGCUUUUCGUGACUAUAAUACCGAUAAUCGCCAGUCCGGUCGAAACAGGGUACGGAUGUUUAAUGAUUUUGACCAGUAUACCGGUGUACGGUGUGUUCAUUUUUUGGAAAAACAAACCCAUGAUAUUCCACAAAAUCGUCGGGUGUUUAACACGUUACCUCCAAAUACUUCUGAUGGUGACCACAUCAAAAACGCCGGCCAAAGUUUAAAAUGGAAACACUUUAUCAUAAUCAUCACAACUACACAACCAUUAACCAACAAUAAUAUUAUUAUAAUAUCAAUAAUACCUAAUAAUUCCAAUAAAUAAUAAUCAUAAUAAUAAUAUAAUAAUAUGUAUUUUAAAACUAAACAGCAAUAUAAAAGACAAUGAGUUUUAUGUUACUAACAUAACAUACCUAUUAUAUUAAGUGCUAUUUACAAUUUUUUAUGUUUUACAUAUUAAGUUUUUACACUGAUGUAACGUUACCUAAAAUAUUUAUGAAAAUGUUAUUAAUAUUUAUGAAGGUAUUACAUGAUUAUUACCUACCUAUACUACCUAUACUCUAUAGGCUAAAGUGAUACAAUUGUUUUUAAUUUUUAUACCAAAUACCAAAUCAGUAUUCAGAAAUGACAAUAAUUAACAAUUUAUAAUAAUGAAAAUUGAUUACCUAUAUAAGUAAGAACAUUAAUAUUAUUUUCUAUAUUUUUAUGAUUUUAUGAGAUUUUUUGUUUCAAUUUUGAAUUAAACUCAAAUGGUUGUAAUAGAUUAAUAAUGCAUUUAAACAAUGCUUAGCCAAUGUAGAUACACAUUUGAAGAUACAAUUCAAUUGUUAAAUAUUUAAUUUAAAAAUAUACAUUACAAUAUUUAAAAAAAAAUAUUAUAAAAUAUAGUUUUUGUAUUAUUUUUAUUUGUCUGUUUUAUUUUUAUUUAAUUAAAUUUGGAAUAAAACCAUUAUUUUGACAAUUACAGUUUAAAUAUAAACAAAUUGUUUUUUGUUAUUUGAAUAUUCAUUUAGUGUGAUUAAUUACAAUAUAUUGAAAUUAUUUCUAUGGAUAUCGACAGCUAUUUUAUAACUAACCAUAAAAAAACUAAUGAAUUUAAUUUUUUUUGUGAAAAAUUAAAAUUUAUUUAGCCAAAUAAAUAAUAAAUAUUCCUAUAUAAUUAUAUAUUAUACUAUACAUUGGAUUAUUACUUCUUUAACUUAUUUACUACCCACCUAAUUAAUAAUUAUAAUCAUAAAAAUGUUACAUACUUAUAAGUAAAAACAUUAAUAAUUAUAACAAUAAAAUAACUAUAAUAAUAUUAUGUCAAACAAUAUUUACAACCCCAAACUCCUAAACAUUAGUGUACCUAGGUAAUAAGUAGUCAUUAUUAAAAUUGUUAGAAGGUGAAUCUAUUGUAAACUUUAAAAGUGCCUAUUUGUUCUAUAAUUUAUAAUGAAUUAAUAGGUAUAAAUAUUAUUUUUUAGAUUGUUGAUUUAUUUAUAAUUGUUAAUUUUAACCAUUUAAAGUAUUUAUGUUUGGUGUCUGUUAGCAAUAAUUUAGGUAAAUAAAUAUAUAUUAUUAUUUUUAUUUUAAUCAUGUUUCAAUGCAAAAAAAAUUAUGCAUUGAUAUUUUCAACAAUUAACAUGGAAUUAUAUGAAAACUAUUGUACUUCCAGCCUUUGAUUAUAAGCAUUAAUAAGUAACAUUUUUAAAAUAAAUAUUUAUUUUUAUAAAACAUUGGUAUUUUAU